ACGAACAUUCCUUUCCUUUCCCCUCUCACCCUCUGCCCCUCCUAAACCCCCACUAUCUCUCCAAGCUCCACGGCACGGAUGGGCGCCGCCGUGGCCGUUCUGCGGAGAACGGCGGCGGGCGAGGAGGCGGCGGAGGAGGAGGAGCAGUGCCGCAUCUGCCGGGACCCCGCCGACGCGGACCGCCCGCUGCGCCGCCCCUGCGGCUGCAAGGGCAGCAUGCGCUUCGUCCACGACCACUGCCAGAUCCGGUGGCUCAAAUCCCGCCGCCAAUCCUUGUGCGAGGUGUGCAGGCGCCAGAUCUUCACCCGCCCCAUCUACGCCGCGGGCACCCCGGCCCCUGCCCCGGCCCUGGCGAGGCCCGUGUGCCUGCUCUUAGCGCUGCUGUACCUCAUCUUGACAGCCCUGGUCGCUUGGGCGCUCGCCGGCCUCUGUACAUGGCGCCUCGCGCUCGCCAGGAGCCGCGACGAGGCGUUCCGUCUGCUGCUCUCGAUCCGCCUCUAUGGCCCCGCCGCCCUUGCUCACCUCGCGCUCAAGGCAGAACACACGUUUCGUGCAAACUACGGGGCACGUCUGCGCCGCUGCCAAGAUGUCACGCUGCGCCUCCUUCGGUUUUCCUUGUCGGUGGUAAUGGGUGACAUGGCUCUAGCCUGUAUAUUUGCAUUUCUCCCUUUCACACUUGGAAGGAUUGCUCUAUUGUGCAGAGCUGAAGUUGACUCAUAUGCUUCAACACCUUCUACCCUCCUAUUUGGAUAUGGAUUUAUCUUCUCACUGGGAGCAACUUUUGCUGGGCUGCAUACUUUUCAUCAAUACUUGAGGAGCGAGGACAUUUUCUUCGAGAGUCUGUUUGAUAUAUUCUUCAGCGGGAUCAUAAAGUUUAUCAUUGUUGUGAAUAUUUCUCUUAACCUCAUAAACACAGCUAUAAUAUGGCCACUGUUGUUUGCCUGGUCACUUGAUAUCUGCACUUCAAAAAUGUUUGAUGCAACCAUCUUUGAAAGGUUUAAACCUCUGUUUGCUUCGAUUUACGUUUCUACUGCUCUUCAAUGGCUUAUUGGAUGCGCACUUUUGGAUCUAGUCUCCAUAUUCUCUGGACUUCAUUCCAUGAUUUUGAGGCCAGGAGUUACAUCUCCUUUUGUCGACCAUAAUGUAAACAUCCGUGAUCCGUUCUACAAAUUUUAUUUCAAGAAGCUUCCUGGUCUUUUUAUUGGCAUCAUCCUUAUUGCUAUGGUCAUUGUUGUUCCUAUUCAAAUUGCCGGUCGAUUGUCAACCGGGAAGUUCCUAGUAGAUAUCAUCUACUUCAAUAUUCCUACAAAGGGCACAUCAUUUUGGUCAGCACCACAGAACUACACAGAUUCGCUUUGUGGUGUUCUUCUAGUGAGGUUUCUCAUUGGCCAUACGCAUGCACUCAUAGGCUUUGAGUGGAUAGUGAAGAAGGUGAUGCAUUAUACAUUUCCCACUGGACAGACUCUUGGCCUGUCAGUUUCGGUGACUGUCUGGCCCAAUGGAGCUUUUGAUCAUGACGGUGGGAGCAGUGUCGCACCAAAAGACAAAUAUGGUAGCACUAAUGAGGCUAAGGAUAAAAGACGCAGAGGUGUUCUCAAUACUUACCCUUGCACAAGGAGAUUGGUCUCACUUCGCAUAAUCCUGCAUGUGAUGCUUGGGUGUUUGACUGUUAUGAUAUGCAAUUCAGCUGUGCUUAUUUUGACAAUCUCAGUGGGGCGUGCACUGUUAUUUACCAUCCCUCAGCUGCCACUUACAGGUGGAUUGAAGUCCAAUAAUGAUCUACUUGCUUUGGUUGUCGGAUUUGGCAUCAUAUCAACUAUUAUUGCCACCUCAAGAGACUUAUUUGCCUACAUGAGUUCUGGGAGAAAGCACCUUGUAGCUUUGAAUCGUUGUCUUAUUGUGUUCUUAUGGUUUGCCAUCAUUCCCUUCCUGAUCGGGCUGCUGGUUGAUUUAUCGCUAAUAUCGCCAUUCACUGGGCCUGAUGAUGGUGUUCCAGUUCUAGACUUGUUCUACACUUGGUUCCUGGGGUGGCUAUUGCUGAAAAUCUGGGUAAAAUGGAGAAUUUUCUACAUGGGGAAGAAGCCGGGCAGCGCUGGCCCUUCCUCGGCAUCCAGGCCCAUGAACCAGGCCCUGUCGCUCCGCGAGGAGACCUCCGGAAAGACGCCGGCCGGCACGCCCUCCCUGCUGAGGGUCCAGCACCUGCAGCGGCUGGGGGCGUGGGCAAGCGGUGAGGCGGGAGUUGGCUCGAUCGGAGCGCUGCUGGGCCGCCGCUUCGCCACGGACGCCGAGGCGGCCGGGAUCCCCGUAGGUGCUUCCACCUUCCUUUGCCAGAGGUGUGAAUCAAUCUUACAGCCAGGCUUCAACUGCACAAUCCGCAUAAAGAACAACAAAAAGAAAGCAAAACGGCGCAAGAAGUCAAAUCCUGGCCAAAAUAGUGUUGUCUAUGCAUGCCAUUUCUGUGGAGACCAAAACCUGAUACGGGGUAGUGGAAAGGGUAUCGUGAAGGUACUGUUAUCAUCAAGAAAGCCUGUUAGCACAAUGUUGAAAGCAGAACAUAUGAACGCGCCAACAGUAACUACUAAAAAGGGGAUCGAGCAUUCUGUGACAGCAGCCUCGCAACUGGAAUCAUCCAGGUUGAGAAUAUCCACUCUUGAAAAGGAUAAUAAACAAGGUAAUGGGCCUAAAUCUAAUCUUCCUGAAGAUUAUAAAAUGGAGAAAGGGGCAGUUUUCUCAAUGGUGGAUCGUGGUCAGUUAGCGGCUGCACACAAAGGCAUCCUGCAGAAAAUCGAAGUAGAAAGCGCACGUGAUAAAUGUGUGAAUGGAAUUGAGCCCGCGGCUUCUAAAAAUACUAGUACAUGCGAACAUGAUGUCACUUCUCAAGCAGAAUUUCUAGCUGGGUCAAACUUUGUUACUCCUCAGAAGAACAAACUGGCGGAAGUGGCCGCGCCUAUAGCUUCAGUAGAAGCAUUGAAGACUAGAAGUACACCGAACAGCAAAGCGCAGAAUUAUGGUUCAGUUGCUGGCAAGGCCCCUGGAAGUUAUAGCAAGUCAGCUUCGAAUACCAAAUCUGCGCCAGGUGAUUCUACUCAGCCGGCUGGCAGUUCAAGGAAGCGGGCAAGAAAAGGGUGGACUACGCUGAAGCAGAUCGCUGAGAAGGACGAGCUUGAGAGAAAAGAGAAGAUGGAUAACUUUGUAAUCCCGUUCUUCAUGGAGUAGAAUAUCUUUUACAGUUGGCCCCUGUUGUAAACGUUGGGCUGGAAGAACAGUUGCAGUUUUUGGUGAUACUUUUUAGUUAUGUACUUUUGCACCAAUCAUGUUGUUGAAAUAUAAAGUUGCGAAGGAGUUCAAAAUU